GGGACAGCAUGAGAGAAGGAAAAAGAAACAGGGAGACAGAGAGAGAAUAUCAAAGAUAUUAAGGAUGGAGCUAUGGAGAACACACUCCAUCUGGCAACCAUGACAACCGAGGCAAGUGAACACCAAACACGGUGGCUAGAAACGGGAGAAUAUGGAACGGAAGAAAAUGGCAAGAGCAGCUCAGAAUGGCCACCACUAUGAAGAAGGAUACUUCUUUCCUUUAACCCAAAUUGUUUGUGGUGGAUUUCUUUUUAUCGUUCUGCUUUUUUUGACUGUUUUUUUCUAGUUACUCUGGAGUGGUGAGGAGGUGUGAGGGUGAAUUGAAUGCUUUCUUUUGCUGGCUGACACAGAGUGCUUCCAUCAUUCGCAGGGAGAAAUAUGAAGAGCUUUACUUAGAAAUACUCCUACCUUGAUGGGGUCUUUGAUGGAUUCCCUGAGGGGGGCUUGAACCCACUAACACCAGAUGUUUCCCUUUUGGAAUAAACAAGCCAAACUGGAAAUCCAAACUCAUUCUCUUCAAAACUGCACUGAAAAUCCAAAGAGGUGAACCAUGUAAAGCUAAUAUCUUUGGCUUGCUGAGAUCUCAAGUUCUCAUGAACCCCAUGGCGCAGCUGUACUACAAGAAGGCGAGCUAUUCGCCGUACCGUGACCGGAUACCACUGCAGAUUGUGCGGGCUGAGGCUGAGCUGUCAGCAGAGGAGCGUGCCUACCUAAGUGCAGUGGAGAAGGGGGACUAUGCAGGUGUAAAGAUGGCCCUUGAACAGGCAGAGAUCUACUACAAUAUUAAUGUUAACUGCCUGGACCCGCUAGGACGCAGUGCCCUUCUAAUUGCAAUUGAGAAUGAGAAUCUGGAGGUAAUGGAGCUGCUGCUGAGUCAUGGUGUACAUGUGGGAGAUGCUUUUCUCUACGCCAUCCGCAAGGAGGUGGUGGGUGCAGUGGAACUGCUACUAUCCUACAGGAAACCCAGUGGUGAAAAACAGGUACCUGCAUUUAUGAUGGACACCCAGUUCUCAGAAUUCACACCUGAUAUCACGCCCAUCAUGCUGGCUGCACACACCAACAAUUACGAGAUCAUCAAACUACUUGUUCAGCGCAAGGUCACCGUGCCACGGCCACACCAAAUCCGCUGUGACUGCGUCGAAUGUGUAUCCAGCUCAGAGGUGGAUAGUCUGCGACACUCACGUUCCCGACUUAACAUCUACAAGACACUGGCAAGUCCUUCCCUCAUUGCUUUGUCCAGCGAGGAUCCUAUCCUCACAGCGUUCCGUCUAGGAUGGGAGCUGAAGGAGCUCAGCAAGGUGGAGAAUGAAUUUCGGCAGGAGUAUGAGGAGUUGUCACAGCAAUGCAAGCUUUUUGCUAAAGACUUACUGGACCAAGCAAGAAGUUCACGUGAGCUAGAGACUAUCCUUAACCAUCGUGAUGACCACAGUGAAGAGCUGGACCCUCGAGAAUGCAGAGACCUCGCCAAGCUCAAGCUGGCAAUCAAGUACCACCAGAAAGAGUUUGUGGCUCAGCCAAACUGCCAGCAGCUACUGGCCACGCUGUGGUAUGAUGGCUUCCCUGGAUGGCGGCGACGUCACUGGGUGGUGAAGUUGAUCACAUGUUUCACAAUUGGCCUACUUUUCCCUGUCUUUUCCAUCAUCUACCUACUGGCACCAAAGAGCACACUUGGUCUUUUUAUCAAGAAACCCUUCAUAAAAUUCAUCUGUCAUACUGCGUCAUACUUGACCUUCCUCUUCCUCCUGCUCUUGGCCUCACAGCACAUUGUGCAAACUGACCUACAUGUUCAGGGUCCACCUCCCACCAUCGUGGAAUGGAUGAUCUUACCCUGGGUUCUGGGCUUUAUUUGGGCUGAGAUCAAAGAAAUGUGGGAUGGAGGCUUUAAUGAAUAUGUUCAUGAUUGGUGGAACCUGAUGGACUUUGCUAUGAACUCUCUCUACCUAGCCACCAUAUCUCUCAAGAUGGUGGCCUACUUUAAGUACAACAGCUCCCGUCCUCGUGAAGAGUGGGAGAUGUGGCACCCAACACUAAUUGCAGAGGCGUUGUUUGCCAUUGCCAACAUCUUCAGUUCGCUUCGGCUCAUCUCACUUUUCACAGCCAAUUCGCACCUGGGCCCAUUGCAGAUCUCACUGGGCAGAAUGUUGCUUGAUAUCCUCAAGUUCCUCUUCAUUUAUUGCCUGGUGCUUUUGGCUUUUGCAAAUGGUCUUAACCAGCUCUAUUUCUACUAUGAAACUGAAGCAGCUGAAGAGCCAAACCACUGCAAAGGCAUCCGCUGUGAGAAGCAAAACAAUGCUUUCUCCACGUUUUUUGAGACACUUCAGUCACUCUUCUGGUCUGUGUUUGGUCUGCUCAGCCUGUAUGUAACCAACGUCAAAGCUCGGCAUGAGUUCACUGAAUUUGUUGGUGCCACAAUGUUCGGCACUUACAACGUCAUCUCUCUGGUGGUGCUGCUUAACAUGCUCAUAGCUAUGAUGAACAAUUCCUAUCAACUCAUUGCCGAUCACGCUGAUAUUGAGUGGAAGUUUGCCCGCACCAAGCUGUGGAUGAGCUACUUUGAUGAGGGAGGGACACUUCCGCCGCCAUUCAAUAUUAUUCCCAGUCCCAAGUCGAUGUGGUACCUGUGUGUAUGGCUGCACAGCCAUUUUUGUGGUGAAGAACAGCCUACUCCUGAGGAGCAGCACAAACACGACAACCUCAAAGAGUUCACGGAACGGCACGCUGACAGCCUCAUUCAGAACCAGCAGUAUCAGGAAGUGAUUAAAAAUCUGGUGAAGCGAUAUGUGGCCGCCAUGAUCCGCAGAACCAAAACUGACGAAGGGCUGACUGAAGAAAACUUUAAGGAGCUGAAACAGGACAUCUCAAGUUUCCGUUAUGAGGUCCUGGACCUGCUGGGCAACCGCAAGCCACCACGCCGCACAUACUCCUCAAGCAGUGAGGCCACACAACCUGAAGCUGAGCAAGAUGAUGAUGAGGAAGACACACAGAAGAGGAACAGAGGAGCAAGGCAUGGAAGAAAUGCACAGUCAAGUUCCAUUUCAUUUGGCCAAGCAGACAAGAGAAAGCGUGAUGGCCAGUUUACCGUUACAGCUCUUUUCCGUUCUAUGGCAGGUCUUGAGGAUUUAGAUGAUGGGCCAAAAAGCAAUGGGUUGAAGAAAAACAGGUGGUCUCCUUCAUCUUUCAUGAGGACAAGUGGUCGCUUGCGGCACUUCCCACGCUCAAAGAAAAACUCACUGCGCCGUUUGGGAUCACUCUUUCGUCGUGUGAAUGGACACAUUGUUGAGUCACACCUGAGGAGUCCUAAACAGCAACAAACCUUUAGCAUUUCAGAUGGAGUUUUGCAACCCCCAACAUCCUGGCAGGACCCCCAAGCACAGCCAGAAAACUGGCUUACAAGAAGCAGCAUGCACUUGCACACGCUUGAAGGAGAAUCUGGUGCAAGACACAAGAAUCAAACACAGUCAGGGCCCCAGCAGGCAAAGGACGCAGACAACCUCCUGCUGAGGCCCCCUGGCCUACACUGUGCUUCCAGUCUGACUGCGUCCAGUUCCCUUUUGCUUUCGUCCAGUGAGGAUCUGUGUCAGGGUUUGCCAGGGCCCUGUGAGAGCCUUGACUCCUAUUGGGAACAGGAGGACUCAAUCACCACACAACUCUAAAUGAGCAAGGCAGGCCUGCCAUUACUAUAUUCAUAUUUCUAUAUAGGCAAUGGACAUCUAUUGUACAUAUAUUCGCUUUUAUUAUAUCAACUUAUAAUUAGCAAAUAAGUAGUCUUUAAAUACUGUAUUGAGAAUGUUAAUGAUUCAGUUUCAGCAAUAUGGGAGCACAUUUGAAAUAAUGACUCCUCUAAUGCAAUGCUUUCUUUUUGUUACAAGUACACACCAAAUGUCAUUUGCACACAUCCUUUAAAAACAAUACAUACAGCUAUUAACACAUUAUUCAUGUUAUUUAUUUACAUUUACAUUAAGGCAUUUGGCAGACGCUCUUAUUCAGAGUGACUUACAAAAAAGUGUUUUGAAGUUUACAUCACUGGAUAGAUACUUACACUGGGUUACUAACUAAGUGCCAUCAGUCAAGCACAA